GAGAACAAAAACAAGAUGACACACACCAAUCCAAAAUGCCAACUUCAGCAUUCUAUUAACUCUUCCAUUGUUGUUCACUUUAAACCAAAUGCCAACAAACCCUUUGGAAUCCUUCCACAGAGGUCCUGAGAAUUAAAGGUAAGAAACCAUGUCCGACAUCAUUGCCUCUUCCUCAGCUUCUGCCACCACCACUCCUCGCUACGUAGUUGAUGAAUGCCGAGGCGUCCUUCAUGUAUAUAGCGACGGUUCCAUUGUCCGCUCUUCCAGACCGAGUUUCGAUGUUCCCGUCCGUGACGACGGCUCCGUUUUAUGGAAAGACGUUGUUUUCGACGCCAUUAACAACCUUCAGCUCCGGCUCUACAAGCCAGCGGUGGUGGCUAGCUCACCCUCUUCCACCUCCGGUUCCAAGUUUCCUAUAUUUUACUACAUCCAUGGUGGCGGUUUUUGCAUUGGGUCCCGGGCCUGGCCCAAUUGUCAGAACUAUUGUUUGCGCCUGGCUUCGGAGCUCCGGGCCGUGGUCGUCUCUCCGGACUAUCGCCUCGCUCCGGAGAGCAAGCUCCCCGACGCCAUUGAAGACGGUUUCAUGGCUGUGAAGUGGCUUCAAGCACAAGCCGUGUCAGAGGAGCCGGACACAUGGCUGACAGACGUGGCGGAUUUCGGUCGCGUGUUCAUUUCCGGUGACUCGGCCGGUGGAAACAUCGCUCAUAAUUUGGCGGUUCGGCUGGGAGCGGGGUCGCCGGAGUUGGCGCCGGUUCAGGUGAGGGGUUAUGUACUUCUAGCACCAUUUUUUGGAGGAACAAUCAGGACAAAGUCCGAGGCAGAAGGACCAAAGGAAGCCUUUCUGAAUUGGGAGCUCAUCGACAGGUUUUGGAGAUUAUCUCUACCAAUUGGAGAUACUACAGAUCACCCACUUGUAAACCCCUUUGGGCCAUCAAGCUGCAAUCUUGAAACAGUGGAUUUUGACCCCAUCCUGGUGGUAGUUGGUGGGAGUGAUUUACUGAAAGAUAGAGCUGAAGAUUAUGCAAGAAGACUAAAAUUAUGGGGAAAGAAGAUUACAUACAUCGAGUUUGAAGGAAAACAACACGGUUUCUUCACCAUUGAUCCUAACACUGAAGCAGCAAACGUGUUGAUGCAGAUCAUUAAACAGUUUGUGGCCGAGAAUUCCAUUUAAUUCAGACAGACUGCUUUCAUGGGGGCAUGCACUUGAAACCUCCAGUUCUGCGGGGAUUUUGUGUUUUGGGCUGGUGUUUUCACUUCUUUAGAAGUUGUUUCCUCCACUUGUGUUAACUCCUUUUUAAAUUGAGAAAUGUAGUGUACUAAGAAGUGGGACUAAAAGCACCCAUGUUAUAAUAAGUUCAAGAAAUCCUUAAAAGUUUGGUGUGCAAAAA